AGGGCUGUGUUAUUGCUAACUUUGGCUUUCCUUCCUCGUCGCCUACCACCCCGCCUUGCCCCGUUGCAUCCCUAUCUUAUUUUCUUCCAUCUUCAGAUUAUAUAUCAUGUCUAGCAUUCAAGACAUAAUGAAUGUAGAGGACGACCAGUUGGGCGAUCGUUCUUCUUCUCAGACGAAUAAAGAGGGCAAGAUCCCAACCUCAUCUCACCCCCAUCCGCCACCCAAUACGGCAUCUCCCAGUCCGUCAACCUUCCCUGGCCAUCCUCUAGGAGAACACACCACAAUCCCUCCCCAAGACCAUCAAAGCAGGACACAGCGUCCGUCUGCUCUCAUACACGCUUCCUCCAUCCUCGCGUCAUCGUCGAGCUCGACUGGAUCGCCCGUCACAAGUACCAGCAGUUCUGGUCAACGUCCAAGCAACAUGAACUCCGACUCCUCCAUGGAUCCCAACCUGUAUGGACACAGCCAAGGCUACAGUCAAGGCUAUGGUCAAGGUUACGGGCAAGGCUACGGGCAAGGCUACGGGCAAGACCACGGGCAAGACCACGGCCCCGGCCACUUUGUUUCAUCGUCACCCAACUAUGGAACUUCCUCCAGGACACCAAUGAGACCCAUUGGGAACACGCCGCCCACCGCCGAGCCCCCCUGCAGGCUCACGCCUAUCACAAAACGAGUCAGUCGGGCAAAGAAAGGGGUGCCCGUCCAUACUUGCGACAUAUGCUCUCCUCCCAAGACCUUCACUCGAGCUGAACAUCUAAGGCGCCAUCAGCUUAGCCACGAUAACCCGCGUUUCGCCUGCUCAGUCCCAGGUUGUGACAAAGCCUUUUAUCGUAGGGAUUUGUUGGAACGACACCAGCAACGCCACGAGAUGGAGGGAGACAAGUUAAUCAAAAGCGGAAGCCAAAGCCGUAGGACCUCAGCGGGUUCCGUGGGAGGAGGGAAUCGCCAAAGCGUGCCACCUUCUGCUCUUGGAUACAACACCACUGGCGGAGCCUCGGCAGCUGCGAACGCGAACAUGACCAUGGCACCCGAUACGCCAGCUAAUCUAGCCUUCCCACCUAUGGACAACUCUAGCAACAUGACACAAUCCAUGUCCCCUCCAAUGAGUCGUGGCAAUGAAUCGUACCCGCCCUCCUCCGGCACCUCCUCAUACGGCGGCAGUGGAUAUCAAUUGUCCCCGGGUUCGUCUCAUCAAGUACCGGCGCUACAACAACCACCGAUCCCUGGCAAUAACUUCGAAGCUACUUCCGUCGCGCCGACAUUCUCCUCCAUCGACUACGGCGAGUCUCGCUACGCGCCACAUCUGUAUCUCCAGACACGAGGGCUCUCCAGUAUGCAAGUUCCGGCGGUGGAGGGCUCUACUGAACUCUCUCAUCACCACGAGACCUCUGAAUGGGUGUCCUCUGCCUCUGACAGCACGUACUCGACUCCUUCCGAUAACUCGCGACACGGAGGCAUCUGGCCAGCAGUCGAUACGGCCGCCCACAACGACUGGCAAGACGAAGUUGAUAUGAUUUCAAACUAUCCGCUCAGGGGUCUUCAUAGUCCCUCGAGCGGGCUCGACGCCAUCCCGAAUUCGACCGCUCCUGUCUUCUUUUCCUAUUCGACAUCCCCACCACUCGACGCUACUCACGUCUACACGUCGAUGGUCGAUAUACCCCUGUCGCAAUUCCCGGGUGGUCAUGCGCUGCUGGAUCCCAAUCCGCAGCGCUUCUCCAGCAUUGUUGGUAGCCCAAUCCUAGCAUCGGCGUCGGGCUCGGCUCAAUGUUUUGAAACUCUAGUCUCCCCCUCGACGGCCCUUCCGUCGGACCGAUUGAUGCACUCCCUAGCUUGCAUGGGCCGUCAGAAGGAGGUGGCGGUUGGCCUCCUGGCGGCCGCGGCCGCGGCCCCGGUCCCGAUGCUCAGGUCCUUGCCGUUGCCUCCCGCGAGUGCCUACGAAGCCAUCCCGGACUACCUGGAUGUCUAUUGGGACAGGUUUCACCACCUGUUCCCCAUCGUGCACAGGAAGUCCUUGGAGAACGCGGGGCGGAGUGUAGAGGUGCUCCGCUGUGCCAUGGCGGCUGUGGCCUCCCAGUACCUCAGCGGCAAAGAGCAUCGCAUCAGGGGUAACCAGCUGCAUGAGUUUGCUUGGCAGCAGUCGAGACAAGCGCGCAACCGUGACUUAUCUAGCAUGCAGUCUAUCGUGUUGUGCGAGUUGUUCUCUCGGUUCCGCGGUCGGAAGGCGACUAUCCGGCCAUCAAAGGAAUUUGAGAAAGUCUAUCAGAGUGCCUAUGACUCGUCUGCUGUCUUCAGUGCCGUGCCGGCAAAUCAUAACACAGAGAGUAAUGACAGCAAUACACGAUGGCGAAGCUGGCUGAACCUGGAGGCUCUUCGGCGGCUUUUGGCGGCCUGUUUCGUCGUCGACAUUCAUGCUUCCAUGUACCAACAACAAAGGAGAACGCACGACUUCAAUAUCUUCUUAGAAGGGACCCCUUCCAUCCCACUGACCAGUCCCACGGCCGACCUGUGGGAAGCCACGAACGCAAAUGCCUGGGAAGCUAUCAUAAUGGCUAAAGAGAACCCCAUCAACAUGUCUAUGGCCUUGCCAAUGAUCAAUGCCGACUCGCUGACCGAAUCGCUAAUUGAGUCGUAUGGGUCGUUCGACAAGGCCGUGAUCCGGGGGUAUGAGGCCCUCCGGCUACAGUCUCAGGAGAUACCGAGGCAAUCUUUCUUCACCGGCCCAGGGAAUGCAGAGACUGAUCCCAGCACGGCGCGCUUAGCCAAUCUCUUCCCUGACUGCCCCAUCGCCAACACGUACCUCGCCCUCCAUCACUCUCCGCUACAUGAACUCCUUUCCGUGUCGGGAGACAGCUGGGCAUUCAGCCGAAAGAUGAUAGACGAGGCGACUUUCGCAGCGCAGCAGAGGCAAAUACAGCAAUGGAGCCGGUCGGGCAACGCUGCGGCAGCCGUCGUCUUCGCCUGCCGGGCCAUACAGGCCUUCACAUCUCACGGCCACGAGCGUGGUCCGGAGAAUAACGACGAUGAAAGAUGGGACGACGACGACGAAGACGAAGACGAAAUGUCAGACUGGGAUACCCAGUCGCGGCCCCGGGCCUGGCGGGACGAUCUGUCCGACUACUGGGGCAUGUACGUCUGCGCUCUCAUCUGCUGGGCCUUCGGCUUCGCAUACCGCGGAGUGGAGGAGAAGGAUCCUACGUCUUCGCCUACUUCUCGCGCGCCACGCGCCCAAGGGGUCAAGGGGAUGGACCCCAGGGCUGCCCUGGCGUGGGUGAGAAGCGUGGCGUCGAUGAGAGCGGAAGACGUUGCGAAGCUGCUCAACAGGCAAGAUGCUGUGGCGGUGGUGUGUCUCUCGCGCCGGUGGAUGGAGCCCGACGGUGAGGGCGGGCGCAACCGGCUUCUCGUGGAUGCGAUACGGGUGUUGCGCAAGCUCGAGGAGUGUGUCGAGCGUACCUGGUUUUGAUCAAGCAAGCCCGAGCCCAUGCAUUUCCCCUCCUUUUCCACUUUGAUUUUCUAUUUCGAUACGUUUUUCCCUUUUCCCUUUUCUUUUUUUCUUUUCUUCUUCUUCCUUUCUUAUCGCCUCAUCUCGUU